UCUUCACACAGGCGACUAGGCAAAGACAGAAUGCACACCAUCUACAUCCUAUCUCUGCACUUCGUAUUGGCCCUGCUGGCUCAUUCUGCGCCGCUUCCAGAGUGCUCCGGUAAGGCAGGACCUCUCAUGGAUAGCCAAGAAUUCGAGAAAAUCGUCAUGGCCAGCAGUAGUCUGGUCAGUAAGGUCCGGAGCGACAUCGAGGGAGUGCGCAAGUCAUGUGUACCAGAGGCCUUCAAAUGGGACUCCCCCACUCAGAACCUGCAGUACAUGAAGUCUGUCCUGGGGAUCCCUCCCUCUCCCAUACUGAAGUCCCUGUCGAAUGAUUUUACCAUGGAGCUGUGUCUGAACCACAUAUCCGAAGGGCUGCAGCUGCACCAGGACCUGCUCACCUCAAUCCGAGACCGCAUCUCCAAACCCGAGAAGAUGACCGAACUGCUGGCUGACAUCAGAGACCUUCUGGCUCAGGUCGUUAAGAUGCGGGAGCUGGCCCAGUUGGGGGCAGGAGAGCAGUACGGGGGCUCAGGACUCUCCGCUCAGCUCACGGAGGUGUACAAGGUGCAGGCGGCCGCCCACAUCACCCUGGAUCAGCUGGACUCCUUCUCCCAGCACGUCUUCCGCAGUCUCCGGAACAUCCGCACUGUCGCCCAGGCCAAGCCAGCGGCGAGCUGCUGAACACGCCCGCACCACCAUCCCCACCCUUCAGCCGCCGCCCAUUCCCCAACAUCCACACCUACUCACCAUCGCCGUGCCCACCCAUCAGCCACCACCGUUCACCUGUGACCACACCCUCCAGCUCCGCAGCGUGCGUGUUCUUAAGCACCCUGCCCAUUUCUGUGCUGCUUAUUUAUUUAUUUUAUUUAUCAAGGACGGUGCACAUUAAUCAACAUUUUCAGUUUCCACAUCAAUGUAAAUGUGCCAGGGUUAGCUAAUGAGCUCAUUUUCAUCUGUAGUCCCUAACCUGCGUGUUUUUGGACUGUGGGAGGAAACCGGAGCACCUGGAGGAAACCCACGCAGACACAGGGAGAACAUGCACACUCCACACAGAAAGGCCCAAGUGUGGGGCUUUUUUUGUUCUUGUUGUUGUUCAUAUUUCAUUAUUUAAAUAAUUUAUUUGUUAUUUAUUUAUGUAUUUAUUUAUUUAUUUAUUAAUUGUAUUUUCGGUAUUGAAUAAUUCUGCGUACAUGAUUUGAAAGGUUUCUGUUUCUGUUUCUGCUGGAUGUUGUAUGUGACUUGAUUAAUCUCUAUAGUAUAGCUACUGAUGAUUUUGAUAGUUAAG